UUUUUGCGGACGUUUUUUGCGGAUUUUCGGUGAUUUUUUUGCGGACUUCUUUUUUCUUGCGGUUUUUGCGGAUAACUUUUGCGGAUUUUUACUUAUUUUCUCUCUGUUCGCCUUUGAAUUCAUUCCUUCAAAGAAGGAGUAAUUUAAAAUAAUUCUGAAUUAAGAUAGGGAAAAGUUCCCCUCAAAAAAGUCCGCAAAAAUUUUUUUUCUAGAAGAUGCCAAAUAAAAUUCAAACAAUAAAUUAUUUCCCUCAAUUUAUUUCUGAAGCAGAAGAAGAAAUUUUGAUAAAAAAUGUUUAUUCAGCACCAAAACCAAAAUGGCGACAACUUUCUAACAGAAGAUUACAAAAUUGGGGAGGUGUAGUUUCUCAGAAAUUUUUGUUGCAAGAAGAAUUGCCGAUGUGGUUAGAAAAUUGUAUUGACAAAAUAAUGAAAAUUCCUGGUGAUUUAACCUUUCUUCCUGAAAACAGACCAAAUCAUGUGUUGGUAAAUGAAUAUUUGCCUGGACAGGGAAUUUUGCCUCAUACAGACGGACCUGCUUUCUUUCCAAAAAUUUCAACAAUUACUUUGGGCUCUCAUGCUCUUUUAGAUUUUUAUGAAGAAAAUGAAGAACAUCGAGAGCAUGUUGGUUCAGUCCUUUUAGAGCCCAGAAGUUUAAUUUUAAUAUCUGGGCCAGCUUAUAAAUUGUUGCAUGGAAUUGAUGAGGUUACAAGUGAUGGGAUAAGCUUAAGAAGUUUACUAAAUUGUAAUGAGUAG